UUACACAUUCACACAGACAUACACAAACGCACACACACACACACACACACACGUUUCUCAUGCAACAUCACUCAAUCAUACACACACACUCACUUAAUCUCUCUGUUCCGGACACAAACACACAUUUUCUCACAUAUCUCAUGCAACAUCACUCUUAUCUCGUACACAGACACACACACACUCACCCAUGCAUGCACACAAACUCAUGCCCAUGCAAUAGCAUAUUUGCACAGUAGGUUUUUUACCUGCUGCAGUCUUUUAAUAUCUCUCUAACUUAACAGUAAAUAGGAAACACAUCAACACAUAGACACAUACUGGAAUAUAUCUCCUAGACAUAAUGCGCAACCAAAUGAUAUUUCUGUUCAUCAUUCUGCUGGAUGCAUCAGCGAGCCUGCAGCUCUACCAGUGGCCGCGGUUUGUGGGUGUGAAAUCGGGCCACAGAGUGACGCUCAGCUGUAGAAGCUAUACCAGUGGCAGCUUAACGGCUGUGGAAUGGCUGAAGGCCCCGGUGCCCGGAGGCAAGGCAGACAAGGCCCAACCGUUAGAGGAGGGCGAGAGGGUGAGCUUUGGCCAGAGCACUGGCUGGAUGACCCUGAGCAAGCUGGAGCCCGAAGACAGUGGCGUCUACUUCUGCCGCGUCAAUGGCAUCACUGGGCCUGGCAGCGAGGUUCAGGUCCACCGGCCCAGGAACUUGGACACGACCAUUAGGAGAAGCAACAUGAAGGACGUGGUCAUCUUCCUCCAGGCCUUCCUGCUGGGUUUAUUCCUACUGAUCCCUCACCUCUGCUACAAACAAAAGCCAGAGAAAGAGGAGACUAUCUAUGAGGUGCCUGACGAGGACCACACAUAUGAGGGGCUGGACAUUGAACAGUGUGGUCUCUAUGAGGACAUCCCAGCCUUCAGCCAGCCUUCAGCCAAUUCAGAUGCUGAUGAGCCCUGUGACAUGGAGUCUCCAGACCAAGAGUGAGGACCCUGCAUGCCCCCAUCACCCACCAGUGCCUUAUCCACCCAUCCAUCCACCCACUAGUGCCUUAUCCACGAUCCACCCACUAGUGCCUUAUGCACAAUCCACCCACUAGCGCCUUGUCCACCAAUCCAUCCACUCCCCCUCCCAUGCCUUAGCCACCAAUCCACCAAUCCACCUUAUCCAACGAUCCAUCCGCAAACGGCUCAUUCACCGAUCCGCCCACCCACGCCUUACCCACCGAUCCUCCCACCCACGGAUCCUCCCAUCCAUGCCGUCUACUGUUUCAUCCAUCAACCACCGAUCCAUCCACCACCUUUCUUUAUCCAUCAAAUCAUCCAUUUGUGCCUUAUCUGGGCCUGGCAGUACACAAUGAAGAACAUUCAUUUCAACGUUCAACAUUCAACUGGGUAUGGGCAAUCCUCACCAGUCUUCUACCAUGCGUCCUCUCUCUCUGUCAUGCCCAAAUGGUGCUUUUCACUGAGCAGUACAAACAUUAUUUGGCAUUACUGCCAAAACUUUGAAUUGUUGAAAUAAGUGGUGGCAGUCCUUGUUAUAUGGCCCUAGUUAAGAUCAUCUUUUAUAUUUAAAAUUCUUUACUAUUUUUGAGGCAUGUUUUCUUUUUACUGAUACCAGUGUCAGCCUCAAUUUUGUUUUGAUGAUAUAUGUAGCAUGUAAGCUAAAGAUUGACAGCUGUUCACUAGCAGGCUAAUCCUGUAGCCAGAACCACAAGAAAAUGGUUCAAAAACGUUUGCUGCACAAACAUCGACAAAUACUGUAUAUUAAUAAAAAACACAUCUCAUCAAGCUUACAAGCUUUUGACAGUAGCAACUCUGCUGUUGAUGGUUAUGCAAGUCAAGUUAGCUUUAAACUAGUCUGCUUGUUUAAAUAAAAUCACAAAAGCCUAAAGGGAGAAUUUGUGAUUCAUGUGAAAAAUAAAAGCUCAACAGCCAAUCAAAUGACAGCAUUCCCUUUUGUUGCAACACAUGGACCUCUGAAGUUCACCUACAAUAAAGACCCAAAAGAUGCCAUCUUUACCCAUAUAAAGAGAUCCAAGUAUCAUCUUUGCCCAUAUAAGGAGAUUUGGCAGAGAUGGCAACUUUGGGUCCUUUUGUAAGCGAACUUCAAAGGGCUGGAAUUGUUUAUGGCUUGGUCCAUGUCUGAGUCCUAUUGUCAGAGGCAGGAAAGGCUUUUUCAGGUAUACACAGAAUAAGCAUUUAGAGGACAACUAUAUGGGAUCUCUGAGGAUCUCUGAAGUAUGAAUCUAGCUUAGCUUCCUAUUCACACCUGUUCACACACAUCUUCAUUUCAUUUAAAGUGAUCAAUUAAUUUUGCCAGCAGCCAGACCAACGGAUACCCUGUCUUUGCUGAAUUACUGAAGCUAAGCAGGUGUGGGCCUAGUACUUGGAUGGGAGACCUCCUUGAAAAGCUAGGUUGCUGCUGGAAGUUGUGUUGGUGGGUGGCCAGUAGGUGGCACUCUUCCCUCUGGCCAAAAACAAAAUAAAAUCCAAUGCCCAAUGCAAUGACGGGGACACUGUACUGUAGGAGAUGCCGUCCUUCCGAUGAGACGUUAAACCGAGGUCCUGACUCACUGUGGUCAUUAAAGAUCACAUAGUAGUGGGUUCCCUGGUGUCCUGGCUAGAUUCCCAACCUGGCUCAUUCAAUCUGGCCCCCUAAUCAUCCCCCCAGUGUAAUUGGCUCAUUCACUCCCUCACUCUCCACCUCAAGCUGGUGUGUGGUGAGCGUUCUAGCGCAUAAUGGCUGCCAUGCUACACACUGGCGGUGGUUAGUGAGGUUCUUCCUUCACUGUGAAGCGCUUUGAGUGUUAAGAAAAGUGUUAUAUAAAAGUAACAUGUUGUAUUCUCAAGCUUUGCAUCUUGAGUGGUUUGUGUUGUCCUGUGUCCUGGUAAAGAUGCAAUGUCCAUAUUGCAUUUUAAUAUGGCUAACAAGUACAAUUUAUACAAGUUGUUAUUACUGUAUUAUUGUUUAUCAUUAUUACUACUACUACUAUUAUUUGUGCUAUGUUUAUGCUUUGCAUUCAGAGUUUUAU